CACUAAUGCAGGCGGUGCGCGCGCUGUGAUUGUCUUGCUCGCGCGCGAGGUGAGAAGGCCGGGGUUAAGAUGGCGGCGCCCGUGAUGAGAGUGUCUGUUCCGCGGUGGGAGAGCGGGGCCCGAUAUGCAGUGUGUGUCUUAGGGAUUGUGCUGUCUAUCUACGCUUUCCACGUGGAGAGGGAAAAGGAGAGGGACCCUGGCUACAAGGCCAUAUGCGAUUUCAACGAGUGGGUUCACUGCUCCACCGUUUUGUCGUCCAGAUGGGGUCGGGGAUUUGGAAUGUUGGGUUCCAUCUUUGGAAAAGACAGUUUAAUAAAUCAGCCAAACAGUGUCUUUGGACUUGUUUUUUAUUUACUACAGAUGGUUCUUGGUAUGACUGUGAGCGCUGUAGCAGCUCUAGUACUUAUGACAUCAUCCAUUGUGUCAGUAGUGGGGUCCGUGUACCUGGCAUACAUCCUGUACUUUGUGCUAAAGGACUUCUGUGUUAUCUGUGUCAUCACUUACUUGCUGAACUUUAUACUCCUUAUCAUCAACUACAAACGACUAGUUUACUUGAAUGAAGCCUGGAAAAGGCAACUGCAGGAUAAACAAGAAUAAGAUGCCUAUUGAACUGAAUAACUUCUGGAAGACACUGCUUCCUUAACUUUAUUUUGCAGUCCAUUUUUAUUGGUUUGGGACAGUUUUCAGGACAAAGAACAAUCUUAAUUUUUUUUUUUAAUUCUGUUUGACUGAAGGGGCCCUGGAAGUUUGUGUAUAUUUGCUACGGCACCUUUCACUUUAAUUGGACGGGUGCAGGAGUGAUGGUAAUUUAAAUUGACAAGCUUUAAUCAUUCUUACAAAUGUGCUCUUUUUGAAAGACACAUUACUAAUCUUGCCAACUUUUGCUGGCAAAUGCUCCCUCCUAUUUCAACUCUCCUUGUUAUGUAUGUUUGUGUGUCACAACCUUUAAUGGGCCUAUUUUUGUGGUUGGGGGGACUCUUCAUCCUGUGAAUCACUUAUAUUAUCAUAUUGAAAUACUAAUCCAAACCCUGUUUUUCUGGCACUUCACUGGCUUCAUAGAAAACAAAGGUUGCAAACAAUAUAUAAUACAUUCCCAUUCAAGUAAGGUAAGCAUUGCAUUGUCCUUUAUGGCUUGUAUUCGCUCACCUUGGUGGUAAAUUGGUGGUGGCGAUGAUGGAGGUAAGAUGCUUGAAUAAUAAAUGAAAGCUAAUCCUUAAAAUUAAAAUAUCCAUGCUUUAGACUGCAGCAGGUUCUAACUGCUCUUUUGGAUUUGGUCUUUUCUUAUUCCUUUAGUCAACUUCAGUUUUUCGGUAAAUUAAUCCUAUCCAGCAGCCAUCUUUCUGCCCCCAAGUUCUACUUGCGAACCACUGUUAUGUUGAAAGUAAUGUUUUAGGGCAUUGAUUAGAAGAAACAGUUUUGUGAUUUUAUCAAAACCAAAUUGCUUGUUCCAUUUGUACAAAUUUGUAUAUAUCAGUUUUUUCUUUUUACAUUUUGUUUUGCUAGUUGUCUGAUUUGUUAAUUACUUGGAAAGUUAUCCUAAAACAUGGGAGUUGCAACGGUUUGGUAAAUAGAAGCUUUCACUACUUGAAAGUAUAAACCUCUAUUUGCAGAUACUCGUAUAUUGAUUUGGAGUGGCCAAUGAAUCUUCAUUUUUAA